UGUUGUGACAUUUUGAUUUUCGCUCUUCUGUUGUGAAAAGAAAUGAAUACUAUGUUGUUUAACCUUGAAUUACUUCAAAUAAGUGAUGAUUGAGUUCUCCACGUUUUUGAUAUGCUCCAAAAAAUAUAAUACCUGUUUAUCUUUCGUGAAGUAAUACAUAAUGGGUUGAAGAAGUGAUUGGCUGCGGCAUUAAAUUCUUGAGUUUAUCGUAUUACUUUAGUAAUAAGAGCUAAGCACGUUGUAUAGAACAAUGGAGUUGGAUGUAUCGCCCAUGGAUUCGAUUAAUAACGAUAUGGAAUAUUCCGACAAUUCAUCGGAAAGUAAAUACAUGCCGUGCAAUAAUAACGACCAGUACACAGUAAUUCGCAUACCUCAAGAUGGUGAAAAGCCUAAUAAACACUCCUCUAGGAAGCAAUCUAAACGAAGAAAAAAGAGUUCAAAUCAUUCGAGACCUCUGCCACGAAUAAUCGUUAAGCCUCUUCCUCCACCUCCUCCACCAGAAACUCGGGAGUGGAUGGCGGCAACUUCAUGUUCAGAAACGAGCUCGACGUCUAGCAGUAGGCCUUCGACGAUGCGAGAAGUAUUAGCUAGUAUACCUGGGUUUUGUAUAAAACCUAGAAAGCGAAGUGGUAAAAAGCUAUCAACAGCAGCACAGCUGCAGCAAACUAGAGAAGGCUGCAUAGAUUUAGAAACUCCAGAUUCUAUUUUAGUUAACACAAACAUUAGGGCUCUUCUCAAUAAGCAUACAUUUUCUCUACUCCCUCCGCUGUAUCAGUAUAAGCUUGGGCAAUUGCUCCCUAAUGUAGACAGACCUAGUACUUCAGGCCGCUUAAGUUCCUCUAGUCUCAAUAAUGAAUUCUUUGCCCGAGCAUGUUUAGAAUGGCAAGAAUCUCUGUCAGGGGGUGAAUUUACACCAGAAAAUCAACAAAAAAUGAAGACUGAAGCUGAAAAAGAAAAAAGCAAAAUUGAUCCUUGGAAACUAAAACAUUUUGAACCAUUCUGGGGUGAAAAGCAGCAAAGAGAAAAAUCAUCCAUGAAUAUAAAUUCAGAGCGUCCAUCUUUAAAAACAACUAUUAAAUUAAGACCAACAGCUUCAAUAACAAGCAGCAGCACUGUUCCAAAGAUCAAAAAGAGCAAAUCAUCCAGUUCUAGUAAAAGGCUUCGUUCUGUUGGAGCAGUUACAAGAUCAUCAGCUAAGGAGGCUGAAGAAGCUGAGGAUGAAUCUGUUUUAACUGGGAAUAAAUCAUGUGCUCCAGUGCCAGGUUUACUUCCACUCAAACAUGUCAAAAGCCAGGGUUACGUAGAAUGUCAGAUUGACUUUAGUUUUUCUGACUCAUCUGCAACUAGAGUAGAGGAAUCUGUAUCCUCAACUCCAGUUGAUCCCCUUCUGCUACCAGACAGUGAAUCUGGUAAUGAAAUUAAGCAAGACUUAGAUAUGAGUGUAGUUAAAAUUGAGGAAUCUAAUAUGGCAAAAGAUUGUGAUGAAGAUAAAAGUAUAUAUUCAGAUGAUAAUGUUACAGAAACAACCAAGAGAUUGAGCAAUGACAUUAAUGAAUAUAGAUUCUCAAAGCGAAUAAAAUAUGAAGAAGAUAUUGAAGUUGAUAAUACAAGUUUUUUGGCAGAGAAUAAUGCUGGUAAUGAGAGCAAUAAUGGGUCAGAUGGAGAGGUAAAUUAUAACACAGAACAAGUAUGUCAGACUGAGGAACUAAAUAUUUACACAGUCCGAGACCAUGGAGAUAAUAGUGAGGACAGUAAAGCAACCACAUCUGUUUAUGAAUAUGAUGAGCAAAGUGUAUCUUCUAUGUCUAGUUUAAAAAUUGAAAACCAUUUAAAUAAUGCCUCCCAAUCAUGUGAUAAUGUUACAGGAUAUGAAAAUACUGAGGCUUCUGUAGAUCAGAUUAUAUCAGAAGUAAAGGAGGAAGACUGUAAAGAAUCUAUAACUACUGUACAUGACAGCCCAGUUGAAUAUACUGGCUCACAAGCAAAUGCAGGAGAGCCAUACACUGCCAGUGUUGACUUGAUAGAAUGCAACAAGUCACCACUCAUUGCAAAAGAUGCACAUUAUGAAAAAAUGGAAAUAAUUGAGGACUAUUCUACCAAGCCUUUGGAACAAUCUGAUGUAAAAACUGACACACAAAUAGUGGAGAAAUGUGAUCAAAAAGUUAAAGAGACUGAAAACAUUGUUCCUAGCUAUUAUGAUGAACAUUUUAAAGAUGCAGAGUCUUUUAUACUAGAAACUAGUGGUCUGCCAAUACUAACAACUCAAAAUGAAGAGGAAAAGUACCCACCUCAAACAAACAUAAUGGAGCUCACAUCAUACAUGAGUGAAACAAAUGUGACUGCUGUUGUUACAAUGCCAAUGACACAAAACACAUCUAUUCCCAUGAUGGAAGUCACCAAUACCUCUGUUGUGUCUUAUCCUGAUGAUCAUCUGCAGGACCCAGCCAAACCCAAAAACUCAGCAGUGUUGUGGAAAAGUGAAAGUGAAUGGACACAAAACGAAAACAUUAUCACAAUACAAAAUUUUUCAAAUGUGAAUGCUGAUAGUGCAAAAUAUGUCAGUGAAGACUCAAAAACCAGUAUGGAAGAUGUGAAUAUGAAUGAAGAAAACUGUAUGUACAAAGCUGAUAGAGAUACAAACUUCAAUAUGGAAUCUUCAAAUUCAUCUGAGAGUUGUCAUUCUAUGAAAGAUGUACUAGUCAAACAAGAAACCGAGUUGGUUACGAGUCUUGUUUCUAGUACUACUGCGGCUAAUCCGCCAAUUAACUCUACCACAAUGACACAGAGUGCCAGGAGCGCUGCAAAGAAAUCAAAGUCUGGAAAAGAAUCAAACAGGAGCCGCUGUUCCAACAAGGUACCCCCGGGUGCGGUGAACUUAGAACGCAGCUAUCAGAUCUGCCAGGCGGUGAUUCAGAACAGCCCCAACCGCGAUGCUUUGCGGGGCCAGCUGCGCCCACCGCCCGCAUUGCUCACGAGACCCGCUCGAGCGCCUCGUCCCCCGCCACCAGUACUGGUGAGGCAAUUACCCACCGCCGUCAUGCCACAUGCAGAGAUAAACGAGAACAGGUCAAACAAUAUGGGGCAAUAUAUCCUUGUUCAGAGAACACCCAAUGUCGCCCCAAGAGCGUCCAGUGCACCUCCUUCCAAUCAAAAUACGAAUGUGAACGUAACUCGAUGCAGAAGUGUGGGUGCGGACGAUGCGUGCGUGUGCAACUUGCGUGCUAUGAUUCUGUGCAAGAAGUGCGGCGCAUUCUGCCACGACGACUGCAUCGGCUCCGCGGAGCUCUGCCUAACUUGCCUUAUACGCUGACCCUUGCACCGAGCACCGCCAUCUUGCCGUAUCGGCUACAAGUUGCAUGGAUAAAUUAGCGAAAACAGUAUUAGGAGGUAUUUACAUGCAAUGUAAUACUGAAAGCGGCCAUAUGGAUGCCAAAAUGUUGUAUGGACUAUUUGAAGGCCACAGAUAGAUAGUCAUCUUUAACCUACAGUACUUGGUACAAAUUGUAUGUGAUACAAUGGCUCAAAACGUUUGCCAUAUGUGUACUUUGAAUUGGUCCAACAACUAAACACAAAACAAUACCUUGACAUUAUCUCACAUCGCUAAUUUAUCUAUAUUAAGCAUGUGCCUGAAUUAAUUGAAUCAAAUUGUGACUUAGUGGCAUAGUGAAGUGAAUGUAAUUAUAUGGACUAUAAUAUGUGACAGUGUAAAGUGGAAUGUGGUUGUUGGAAUGGUGGUGCUAUAAGUUAAAAAAAGAGUGGACUUUCAAAACCCCAAGCUUAAUUUUAUUUAUAACAGUGUCAUUGUGAAAUAACAUAACCAUCAAGUGUCUAUAAGACAGAACUAUAUUUGAUGAUGUACAUAUAAUUAAUAACUUUAUAUAAAUAGGGAUUGAAAUGUGCUCCAUAUGGUUGAAAGUAUUAAAUUUAGUAAGUCCUAGAAACAAUAGAAAAUAUAUUUAUACAGGAUACAUUUAUAAAUUUAGAAUUGAUUUGUACCUCCACUAUAGCAAUACUGUAAAUACAUUUAAACAUUGAUAAAUCUACAAUUAACUUACAACCCAUAUGAUAUAGUGAUGUAAUCAAACUUGUUAUUAUAUAUACAUGCUGGAACAAGUUUAUCCCUUAGUGAAGGUUUAUUUAUUUAAAUCUGGUUUUUCAACCCUCACAUUAAAGUUUAAUGGACAUUGGACACACACAUGAAUACAUAACCUUUCCUGACAAAAUUAUAAGUAUGUACUAUUUUGUGUCCAACUUCUAAACUUUUUUUCCAAUAAUUUAGCAUUUGUACAUUUUCAUACAAGCCAAUGUGUUUUUUUAGUUUAGAUUUAAAUUGAUAUGUUGAAAUAACCUUUUUGAAAAGUGCUUAUUUUAGAGCAGAUCUAGUUUUUUUUUAGUUAGUGAUUUCUGAACUUGUAUAGCUCAUUUACGGUAUGUGUGUGCCAAUUCUGUUGUGCAUAAAUCCCUAAACAAAACUAAAUUGCCUGAUUAAUAAUAAAUAGUGUUAUGCUAUUUUACCUGAAAAAUUUAGACAUGGAAAAUACUCUUAGUUUAAUUUAGUUUUGUUUCAAGAAUUUUUAGAACAGAUAUGGCAGGAAUGGUUAUCAUUCUCGGUAGUUGUAUAUUUAAGGUCAUGUACAUAUAUUUAUUGAGCUGAAAAGGCUGUUGGGUCAGACAUCAGAUAGUUUAAGAGCCAAUACAGACAUUUGUUCAAUAUUGCAUUACCCAGAAUUUCAUUAAACCUGAAGAGUUUGUUUUUCUCAAAUAUGUAGCGUCUUUUGUCAGAAAGUUGUAGGAUGGAAGAGAGUGUCAUUAAAUGAAGACAUACUAUUCUAUCUGAUACUUUUAAUAUUGAUCCUGGGCGUAGUCCGAAUUGUGCGUUUCGAUGCGCAGAAUUUAAUAUUCUAUAUCAGCCAAUUAUCAGGACGGUAUACUUGUAUGCCUACCCGCAGUUAAUUUCCGCGACGAAAAUAAGUUUGAAUCUGACUAUACUUAUUUAAAAUAGGUAUUAUAUGGCCAUGUAAUCUUAGAUGGAAUACACUAUUUUCGAAUUUUGUUGCCUUUCUAACCUAACUCUUGUGUGUAUUGGCCCUAACCUGGACUUGGGGUUGGGACACUGGAAGUGCAUAAUUCGAUUGAACUAAAUUGGGUUUUCGGGAUUAUAAAUGACAACAUAUUGUUCCGCACAUUAUGAAAUGUCAUACACCUGUCAUUAAACUGAAUAUAGUUUCAAACUGUCUGCUAUUGUUUUGCACUAUGUCUUCUUAGCAGAGGUAGGCAUUUAUUCUAAGGUGCCUAUAUAAAUCUCCCUAAUAAGAAAUAACUUAAGUAAUGAAAUAAGCAUAGAAUAUUACUUGUUACUUUAAUUUUUUUUCUUAUGGCGUGUAAACUAAUAACUAUACUAAGUUAUGCACUGUAUAUUUAUAAUGUACCUUUAAUAUUUUUAUAAGGAACUUUUUUAAACGACAGAGCUUCUUUGACAACUUAUAGCCUAAGAGUUGAGAUGUGAAUUGGGUAUAGGUAUUGACAAAUGUUGAAGAUUUUCUUUAUGUAAAUAAAACACUGAUACUGAAAGAGACUGGAAUCUAUGUAGGAUUAAAGUUUAACUGAUAAUUUACAUUUUCCCUAAUACCUCCAACCAUUCUUCAUCUUGACCUCUUAGUCUAUUAGCUAUUUGUAACUAAGCCAUUAGUUAAAUAAAGAAGAUGAACUUAUUACAUUGUCAUUUGCCAUACUUCAGUACCAAGUCCUUUUGAUUUUUAUCUGUGAAAAUUAAGCUCUUGAUUUUGUACUAAAAUAUCCUCAUAAAUUUAUUGGUCUACACAGUCAAGUCAGUGCUUGGAUAUGGAGUAUUUGCGCCUUGAGGGGGACGUUGUAACCUUCAUUUUUGUUAAGAACACCUUUUUUAAAAUCUGUCAAAACUCCCUAAUCAUAUUACUUAUGCUGAUUACCAUGAUAUCUGGGAACAUAAAUAUCUGAUGAUAUGUUGUUGAAAUAUUUUACAAUGAAUGUUGCCUGGAUCUCACAGCCUUGACCCUGAUAUGUCUGAACGUCAUAAUCAAUGAUUACAAUUCCACUACUUUAGAAACCAGUUGACAUUAAUAUUGCCCUAUAUAUGUGCUAUUACUGCAUUGGGCGUGUUUAAAGACGGCCAUGCAGUGGUGCUAACUCUAUUGUACGCAAAUCAUAAAUUGACAGCUCUAAAAGUAGUGUCAUACUUUUUUAAAAAGCCUCUUUUUAUAUAAUAACGGACUAAGCAGAUGGUAACCGGGAAACCAUCGCCUAUAACCAAAGCAAUACUUCGCAGGGCAUGCAAGGAACAGAGUGCUGCCCUGUAUCUAUCAACUUCAGGUGCAGGUGUUGAGGCUCAUGGGCCUGUAAUAACAGUGGCAACCAAGCCUUUGAGGCCGGAACACAUUAAUGAUGCUUGACGACAGAAUUAAAAUGGCGGAAGAACAUCUCCUGACGAACUGUCAUAAAAUCUCUACUACUACUGAAUUAUUCUAUCUACUUUUAGACCUGUCAAUUUUAGCUGAUGAUAUUUUAUUCGCCUUAAAAAAAUAUUCGCCAAUAAAAGUAAAUUUAAAUGUACCAUCACAAAAAUGAUGUUUAUAAUUAUAUUCUUAAUACUGUAUAAUAUUCUUAAGUAUACAAAAAGUUGCUCACUAUCAAUCACAAGUAAUUAUAGAUAAUAAUAUGUAUACAUAGAUCACAUUAAUAAGGACUGUUAAAACUAAUAUUUUAAGUAGAUAGUAUACAAAAGCCUAAUAGCAAACAGUGCAAAUAUUUUUUAUGUUACAAAUACUUGGCAACAGGUAUAGAUUAAAUUCGUGUUGGCCCAAGUUUACAAUACUAUAAUUUGAUAACUAUAGCUCAUAUAACACUGAAGUUUAAAUACGUCAUCAUAAUAUGAUGAUCUCUUUAUAUUUUGUUUUAGCAUAAUAAGAGUGCUAAAAAUUGAACGUUGACAAUAUUUUCUUAACAGCACACAUCCACUUGUUGAUGUUUUUUAAAAUCUCAUAUUAUGCCUGGUUUCACUGACUGAAACUUACUUCUUGUUAUCUCUGUGCAUAUAAGAGAGCAAUACAUUUGAAGGGUAUGUGGCUAAUAUGAUGGGGUAAAAAAGUGCUAUUUUGUAAGUUUUGUUUGUGCGUUUUAUAUAAAAAAUACAAAACAUGUGCAUGACUUGCUAAUUUCCUAUUUCACGUAACCUUAUAAACUUCGAGACUGGACAUAGAUUAUUCUCCCCAGUCAUGUCUCCUUCACUUGUAAGCAUGCUACUAAGCUGAACCUUUGGAAUAAUUUCUAGCAGAGUAAAUUGGACACAAUUUUACGAUAGUUUAUUAAUAACUUAUGCGUUAUUAUCAACAACACUGACGUUUGUUGGAUGACUGAAGCUAUAAUUUAUAUUUUUGUGAUUAAUACUUGGUAAAUAUUCGCAUUAUUGUUAUUUAUUGGUAAUUAGUUCUUUUAAGUACGUGAACAUUUUCUCUAAUAAAAUUAUGUUCUUGCA